AAGUUUCGAAAUAAAACUAGAAAUGGCAUGACUGCGUUUCUGCAAGUGCUCGUGACAAGUGCAGUUUUAUUUGGAAAAUUACAUCCGGUGUAACGUUUACUGUCAGUUCCUAAAUUGACGCAGCUGGCUGCCCAGUAAGUGAGCAGUGUAAGGUCACUCAGCACGGUGAGAGGUUCAGGUACAUGUCAGAGAAAGCUGUUGAUCCCGCUGAGAUGCGCUUUAAUACGAGGAGUGAAAGAAUAGGACCACGAAAAGAGAGCCAAAAGAGGAAACAGUAUUAACAGCAGCACCGGGCAGAAUGACUCAGGCAGUGGAGGACCAGAACCAGACACCAGCCCCAAGACACAGUCAAAAGGAUAAUGCUUUACACCGGAGGGAAGGCAGAAAUGCUGCUCAGUGUGUCAAGGAAGCAGAGAAGUGGAGUCCAGAGUCUGGACUGCAACACAGUGAUUCAGAAGAGCAAAACGAAGAAGAUGAGCAGGAGUCUACCUCUUGUCCCACUGCUCGGCAGGUGGGUGGCCUCGCUCAGCGCAGCCAUCUGGGGGCACCCGAUGGAGGUUGGGGCUGGGUGGUGCUGGUAGCCACUAUGUUGGUUCUGGCUCUAACGCUGGCCUUCCCUUCAUGCAUUGGCAUCUUCUACACAGACCUUCAAACAGAAUUUGAUGCCAGCAACACAGAAACCUCAUGGGUGCCGGCUAUCAUGACGGCUGUGCUGCAUGCUGGGGGUCCUUUAUGCAGCAUGUUGGUGGAGCGUUUUGGCUGCCGGGUCACAGUGAUGGUGGGUGGACUCUUGAGUGGACUUGGCAUGGCGGUGUCUGCUCUCGCCAGGACCAUUACUGAUAUUUACGUCACAAGCGGCAUCACAGGGCUGGGCUUUUGCCUUUCUUUCCAGCCAUCAGUGACUAUCAUGGGCCAUUACUUUGUGCGCCGCCGUGUCUUCGCUAACGCCUUGUCAUCCACCGGCACAGCUCUGGGCCUGAGCAGUUUACCCCUAAUAGCCAACAUCCUGCUCAGUUGGUUUGGCUGGCGUGGCAGCUUCCUGAUUCUGGGCGGGGUGCUGCUAAACUGCUGUGUUUGUGGGGCAGUGAUGAGACCCCUUGGCCCCCCAUUGGGACCAAACAAACCCAGACACUCUCAGGUUCUGGAUAAACCAAAUGACUUCCCUUUGCAGCAGGAGAGAAAAGGCCUGAAAGACCAUAUAAAGACUGUUCUCUGUGGCUUUUUAGCAUUUCUGCACAGACAUAUGGCCUUUGACCUUCUAGUGAGUAAUGCUCGAUACCGAGCUUUUGCAGUCGGUGUGACCUGGAUGAUGCUGGGCUGUGUGGUGCCUCUGGUCUAUCUGGUGCCUUAUGCUACUCACAAUAACAUGGAGCUAGACCGUGCUGCCCUCUUGAUGUCUGUCAUGGGCCUGGUGAACAUCGCUGUGCGACCUAUUGCUGCCCUCGUCCUGGGGCUGCCACGCUUCAGAGGCAGCAGCAGUUUUGUGUACGUGUUUGCUGGUGCUGUGCUUCUAAACGGGCUGAGUAACUGCAUCUGUGGAGUGUCGGCCUCCUUCGAAGUUCUCCUGGUAUACGUGAUGAUCUUCGGCCUGUCCAUGAGCGUGGCAGGCUCACUUCUCUACACUGUGCUGAUGGACACGGUGGAGAUGAGCCGCUUCCCCUCAGCCCUCGGACUCCUGUGCAUGUUGGAGAGUGGAACGCUGCUUAUUGGGCCACCUCUAGCAGAGAGUUUUGGCAAUGGAUGUUAAUGCGAUCCUGCAUGAAUUAAUCUCCAAAGAUGAGGCUGGGUUUAACCUGACAAAAGUAAGACGACCAGAGAGAAAUAUCAUUGGCCACUGAGCUAUUUUGAAUGUCCCGGGCCAACGUGUUGGUAACAUCACAAUGUGUGUUGCAAUCAUGCAGAAUGGGGUCCUCCACCGCCAUGCCAACUUAAGUCCUUACAACACGGCCCACAUACUCAAAUUUUUAGACAGACUACGCAACAUUGUCACAGCAGAAGACCAAAUGCAGAGCAGAUAAAAUAUUGUCAUCUGGGACAAUGUAUCUUCCCACUGAUCUGCUCUGGUCCAAAACUGGUUUUAUCAGCAUCCACUCUCCCUUCUUUAACCCCAUUGAGGAGUUUUUUUUCAGCAUGGCAGUGGAAGGUUUAAUCUCCAGCCUUAUGUUAGGAUACCAAUCAUUUAAGCUAUGGAGGAGGUCUGCGACCACAUUGAUGCAGGGUCUGUCAUUCAAGAAGAUUCUUCCCUCGCUGUCUUGCAAGAGAGGACAUAGCCUGUGAUGUGGACGAAGUGCUAUGACCAGAUCCAGCUAGGUGAAGAGAUGAUGCUUAGGGUUUUUUUUAAAUUCAUGCUUUCUUUUCUGUCUCCACAAAUGUUUUUACUGUGUUUAUGUACUAUAUUAUAUUUAGAAUAUGUUCUGUACUGAUUUUCAGUGCAAAAUGCAACCUUUGGAAAUGGAUGUAUUGACUGAUUUUACAAUGUGGAGAGAAAUAAAUAUUUUCAUCAGUGUGCAGUACUGGUCUUGUGUGUUGUGUUUGGUAAAUAUAUUCAUGUACUUUACUCUAACAAUAUCUCUGAAAAAACUCAAACCCAGACUAUAUUGUUAGAAAAGUAGAAAGUGUGUAACUGGUUUGAACAGAAUCAGAUUGUAUGAACCAUGUGAGCCAGAAAGUGACAAAAUUGGGUUUUUACGAAUUAUUGUAUAGUUUUGAGUGAAGUGUUUCAUUUUGCAAAAGAACUGAGGUGUUCUGCUACUUGUGUGUGUGGUUGUGUGAAUUGCGUGUAGUGUUUUGACAAAAUGGGUCCAGUUUUCAAAAUUUUGCUUAUGCAAUUGUAAAAAAAAAGAUGAGAUGAAGAUCAAUUACUGCCACAGAUGAGUAGUAAGCACUCUGCAUUACAGAAAUCAGGUUGUGGUCAUACAAUAAUGAGAAACUUAGUUGCACUCUAACAUUAUUAUUACUAUUUUUUUUAAUUUACAAAAUGGACACUUACAAGUUAAAUUUAAACAAUGAAUGAACAGAAGUGAUAAAAAGUAGGGAGGAUUUGAACACAGUCCAUCCAGUCUGUUGCCAUAAUCCUUAGAUACACUGAGAGUAAAUCCACAAGUGUGAAGUAGCUCGUUUUAUCUGCAAAAACACACAGAACAAAUGCACUUACAGUAUGUGUUUAAUGGUUUCUGACUGACUUAAAAGUACUACUAAAAAUGCUACUUCAACCGGAGAAUCAAGUUGCACGUGCAUACUGACUUCAUUAAAGCCAUACCAAAAUAAGUUUGAAACAUUUCAUCCUUAUCUUACAGAAUAUACUGUAACUAACUAACUAGAACUAGAUCAUUUCAAAUGUAACACAAGAGAUUUUUGAUGAUUUCAUAGAGGAACACAAAAAGAAAAACAUCCUGUUCAUAGUUGAGACACUUCUCCAUGUAGCAGUGUACUUUCAGUGUUAGUUUCAUGCCCAUGUCAGGUCAAAAAGAUUUUGAAAAAUCUUUUAGACUCACUAUGGUAUCAUAUCACCAUCUGGUACAAACAGCUCUAAUGGAUGGUAAUAUUUUGCCACUGCCAGGUACUACUACAGAUACAUGUCUGAAUAUGCUAUUGUGCCAUUCAUUGUACUAUCUCCAGUGACAGAGGCUCCAUUCAGUCCUAAAGGCAAACGAUAAGUCAAAUGCAUGAUAUUUUACAGCCGAGCAGUCUUCCUGCUAUAACUUAACAUUGAACUUUUGUAUUACAUCUGACAGGCAGAGGCUUUUGAAAGAAACUUACAUUUUUCCCCCACGCAAUGUCUCAAAAUGUUCCCAACUCAGUGAACUUCAUUAGUAUUUGUGAAUUGGUGGGAAGAUAACAAUGUAAAAAUACCAGUUAAGUAUAAGUCAUCAGUUUUACAUCCAUUCAUCCUUUGAUUCUCCUUUUGC